AGACGAUAUAAUCAAGGAAAAUGGCAAUGAAUCUUUCGAUUUUACUGACAAUUGGACGGUGUUGUGCAAAAUUAGUGAUCAGAAUGGAACAGAACGAGGUAGUGCAGGAAGAAAACCAAGAGAGCAGAUUGCAACGGUGUUUUAGACGUCUCUUAAAUUGGAAAUCCACUUAUCACUUUAUAUUUGUUUAUUUUCCAGUAACUCUGGUUGUGCUUUGUGCUUUCCUUUAUUUCGGUUUGGUGUUGCGUAACCAGUACUUAAAAGCUUUUCUUCUGGCUUUAUUUUGUUUCCCGUUUAUUGUGAUUGCUUGCAACAUGAUCUAUGCUUGUAUAAAGGAAUUUUCACCUCAAUGGGCUCGACGAUUUUACAACGCCAAUCCUGAACCUGCAGUCGAAUAUGUAAUGGAAGCAGACUCUGUAAGAGUAAGAGAACAUCCUGUUCAGUGAAGUUACUGAGUGACAAAACUCGUGACGCCGUUUUCUACAACGAAUGGAUUUAUAUUCGGUUUAAAAAAAAAAUUUAGCAAAUAGUCCUAUUUUUCGAUUUUAUAAGUUUUUUGGUUUUUUAAAUAAAAGUACUUCCAAUAUCUUUAAUUUU